CCGCCUCCAGCACCGCUCUCCCCACCUUGUAAAACAAAGCCGGGGAAAAUGCCUGCCCGUGCAGCUGGGAGCGCGCAGCCCAUCUUGGAAUAAGGAGUGAGUACAAUGGCGUGUUGGUAAAAAAAAAAAAAAAGAAAAGAAAAGAAAAAGAAAAAGGAAAGAAAAGAAAAGAAAGAGAGAGAGAGAGAAAGAAAGAAAGAAAAAAAUAAAAACAUCACGUCUGUGUUAAAAAAAAAACAUUUUGAAUGCUGCAUGCCUCAUGCUUGCCAGCGCCUCGCGGGAGAGACCCGGCUAUUCCGCAGGAGUGGCGGCCCCUGACUUGCUGGAUCCCAAGUCUGCCGCUCAGAACUCCAAACCGAGGCUCUCCUUCUCCGCCAAACCCACCGUGCUUGCUUCCCGCGUGGAGAGUGACACGGCCAUUAAUGUUAUGAAAUGGAAGACGGUCUCCACGAUUUUCCUGGUGGUCGUCCUCUACCUGAUCAUUGGAGCCACUGUGUUCAAGGCGCUGGAGCAGCCUCAGGAGAUUUCCCAGAGGACCACCAUCGUGAUCCAGAAACAGACCUUCAUAACCCAGCAUGCCUGCGUCAACUCCUCCGAGCUGGACGAGCUCAUCCAGCAAAUAGUGGCAGCAAUAAAUGCAGGGAUUAUCCCCUUAGGAAACAGCUCCAAUCAAGUUAGUCACUGGGACCUCGGAAGCUCUUUCUUCUUUGCUGGUACAGUUAUCACAACCAUAGGAUUUGGAAACAUCUCCCCACGAACUGAAGGUGGAAAAAUAUUCUGUAUCAUUUAUGCCUUGCUGGGAAUUCCCCUCUUCGGCUUUCUGUUGGCUGGGGUUGGCGAUCAGCUUGGGACCAUAUUUGGAAAAGGAAUUGCCAAAGUGGAAGACACAUUUAUUAAAUGGAAUGUUAGCCAGACCAAGAUUCGCAUCAUUUCCACCAUCAUCUUCAUCCUGUUCGGCUGUGUCCUCUUUGUGGCUCUCCCUGCAGUCAUAUUCAAGCACAUAGAAGGCUGGAGCGCUCUGGACGCUAUCUAUUUUGUGGUUAUCACCCUGACGACCAUUGGAUUCGGUGACUACGUAGCAGGUGGCUCGGACAUUGAGUAUCUGGACUUCUACAAGCCUGUGGUGUGGUUCUGGAUCCUCGUUGGGCUUGCUUACUUUGCCGCCGUCCUGAGCAUGAUUGGAGACUGGCUGCGGGUGAUAUCAAAGAAGACGAAGGAAGAGGUGGGAGAGUUCAGAGCCCAUGCCGCCGAGUGGACAGCCAACGUCACAGCCGAGUUCAAGGAGACAAGGAGGCGUCUGAGCGUGGAGAUCUAUGACAAGUUCCAGCGCGCCACGUCCGUGAAACGGAAGCUCUCCGCGGAGCUGGCCGGAAACCACAGCCAGGAACUGACUCCUUGUAGGAGGACCCUAUCCGUGAACCACCUGACCAGUGAGAGGGAAGUCUUGCCUCCCUUGCUGAAGGCUGAGAGCAUCUAUCUGAAUGGCCUGACCCCUCAGUGUGCUGGCGAAGAGAUAGCUGUCAUUGAGAACAUGAAGUAGCUCCCGCUGGGAAGAGUCUGAGGUGUAGCCACAGGGCAGGGCUUCUCUAGGCUCUUGGGACUGUUGCUGGUAGCAUUUAAACCUUGUGAAUGAUGAGCUCAAAGGGAAAGCAAAUAAAUACAUCCAUCUGGUCACCUUACAUCCAGGGAGUUUGGAGUCCUGAGGCGGCAGCACUCUGGGGAGGCUCGUGAGCUGUCCACUGAGUGGUAGUGGUGGAUAGGCAGUGUUGAUGCCUUUUCGUGCCCAGACUGUUUCCCUCCCCCUCUUUCCUAACGUGCCAUAAGGCCUCUGAAGGAAUCGGAACGCUUUGGUAGUCAUGUAGCUUGGCGGAAUAUGCCCUCGACUUUUCGGGGGUCGCCUGACUGAGCCUGGAUGCAGACCACUUAGGGAUGACAACAUUUCUUUUUGUAAAUGGCAAGAAAUUCUUAUGCAGCCUUUUACCUAAGAAAUUUCCUGUCAGUGCCUUAAUUUACAAAGAAGCAGGACCCUCUCUUGUGGGCUUGUGGUCUCCCCUCCCUGCCCCUACCCUAGGCUGACCUCCGCUGACUCUUAUUUCCCCCUCCCGUUCACAUACCGUACCUUGCUGGAAGUGAUGUGUAGCUUGGCGGAAGGAACAGAUGCCAGUCCUGGGCACAGAAGGAACAUGCAGGAGCUCCGGUGUCACAAGGCAGCGCAGAGAAGGGAGGUCAGAGAAGGCCCUCUGAGUAUUUAUUUGACUGGGGUACCAAUGGUACAUCUAUAUAUAUGUACAGAGUAAUAAUUAUCCAGCCGGUAACAUCGGCUGCUUCUACAUAGCCCCCUUUCUUCCUGGCAGUAUUUGGAAUUCAUUUAUUAAUAACUAGUCAUUUUUUUAAAAGGCAGAAGAAGUGAGCACAUGCUUCUAUAAUCUAAGUGAUCUAAUAGAAGAAAACCGUCCCAACUGAUAUCACAAGGUGAUUUCAAACAGUUGGUGUGAAUUCAUUCUGAUGAAAAGAAAAUAGCGAAGCCACGUAUGUGUAUUUGCUAAUAAAUGGCUGACUGCCAGCUUGGACUAGCCCAAGGUACAGAAGGCGCAUACCCUUUCUUUCCUUAAGUGGCUCUUGCCAAACUGUAGGGUGGGGUGAUGCCCAGAAAGAGGGAGGACAGCCCCAGCCACCCUGGAGUCCUCUGCCUGGGUGCCGAGCACAAAUGCUGGUCUGGGGGUCACUGUGACUUUUGCACACGGAGUGAUGCAGACUGCCGACCUGCGUCAUCUCUAACGGCAGAAAAUGCUGAGCAGCACAAUGUAAGUCCCCAGAGUUAUUUUUUUUUAAAGUGAGAGAAGGCUGAUAAUCCGUUUAAUUUAAAUUUAUAGCCUAUAAUUCUUUUGGAUGUUUCAAGAUUCAGAAAACGUUCAUCUUGCAAACCGUUCCCCUCUCCCUUAUUUUCAUACUCACAUCUACUGUACACUGGAUGUGUAAUUUUUAAAGUGCAGGGGAGAAAUGAUUCCUCGCCAUGUAAUUGCAAAACUAAUUUCUUUUCCUUUCGGGGGAGGGGCGGGCGUAAGUGAACAAGUGGCAUUCAGAUUAAAGUCUUAAGAAAUCAACCCAGGAUCUUAAAAAAAAAAAUCUAAAAGAUUCAUAUUUUCCAAAAUUUGAAUUUAAACUAGAAAUGUAAAUAUCCAGUUAGCUUGCAGAGAGUACUUUUAUAAACCCGGAAAAAUUCUAACCAAAAUUCUAGCAAGUCAGACUCCUUUACAAAGAAAGCUCCCCUCCAUUUCCUCAGUAGUCAUCUUGAAAGCUGAUAUGGUGGGAUGCUCCACAUGAAAACUGUGAACCGGAAGGACGAAUAAAGUUUGUAAUUAAAGUCGGAGUCUCGUGUGUGCUGUGAGAACGUCAGUCAGAUUCAAGCCUGACAGAGCGGAGGGUGUUGGUUUUCCUCCUGAGUUACUGCCAGGUCUUCAUUCACAAUAGACAAGCAAUCGUCCUGUUGGUGAUUGAACCUAGGCCUUGCACAUGGACACAUAGUUUACUAUGUUUACUUGGUUUUUAAGACAAAGUAGCCUAGGCUGACUCCCAGUGUGGGAUGCUUCCAUCCUCCCCUUCACAUUGCUAGACACUACCAUGUUUCCAGAAGUGUUUAUGAUGCUCAAUGCUGCCCUCUUAAAUACAUACAUGGUAGACUGUGGGAAGAUGAUACUUGUGAUAUCACCCACUUUCUGAGUGUUCCUACUGUCUCUUGUUGCAUGCUUUGAUCGUCUGUCAUUGCUAGAACUCGCCUUGACAUUGACAUAGUCUGAAAAUCGAACCCAGACAAGCAGCCGCUGCCUGUAGGAAAUAAUCAAGUAUCUGAGUAGUACUGAAGCUUCAGGAAGGCAGCUGCCAGCUAAUCUUCCAAACUUUAUGCCCCAACUACUGACUGCUUACCAUUUUUCCUUUUCCCCUUUCCCCUUUUUGCAGUACUGGGGAUUAAGUCUAGGGCUUUGAGCGUGCUAGGUAAGUCCUCGCCUUGAAUUGUAGCCCCAGUCCCUUUUCUGUUUUCUUCUGGGGUUGCACUAAGUUGCCUGAGCAAGCUACAGGCAUGCAACACCAUGCACAAGGUACAAAUGUAUUCUGUAUAUGUAUCUGAGAACUGGUCCCUGCACGUGUGGUUUGACUAUAAAAUACCCCCUCACACACAUGCAUGUUCUGAACACUGGGGUCCCACCUGGGGAUGCUGCUUGCGAAGGUUGUGGAAGCUCUAGGAAUUUGAGGCACAUCACUGGUCACAGUGGAUGGGCUUGGGGGUUUUUAGGCUGGGCCUACUUCUUGUUUACUCUGUUUCCUGAGGAAUGAAAUGUGGCCAGCUGGCUUCUCCAUGCCUUCUCCACUGGUUGCCAGGUCUUCCUUCCCUGACGGAGUCCACUGCUCUGGAACUGUAAGCCAACCAAAUCCUUUCUCCCUUAAGUUGCUUUUGGUCAGUGUAUUUUACAACAAAGUAAGGAAGCAAGUCACCUCUGGCCUGGGGAGAUUUUACCGGGGCUUGAGUAUCAUACCAACUGAGGCUGCUUUGAUCUUCCCCAAGCUUUGUUUUGUUUAUUCUUCUAUAAAUAAUACUGAUUAGGAUUUUGAUGUGACAUUGCAAUUCCUAAUGAGGUGGCUUUCUUCUGAAUCAGUAAUAAGUUAUUCUAUCUUGGAGAAUAUUUGGAAAAAGAAAUUGAGUAGUUAGAUGAAGGUCAGAAAGUCCCAGUUCCUUAUUCUCAGACCUAGGUAGCAGGUAAAGGCAUUUGUCAAAGGCUUCUGCCCCUAACUGAGAAAGGGAUUCCUCUGGAGUUCUUCAGGUUUGUAGCACGUAGUUCUCAUCUCACUGCUCCAUGGUUUAUGCCACAUGUGCUUUUGUAUGCUUCUCUCUGUUAAUGCAGUAAAAUAUGAAAUUUCUGAAGCUCAAAGGGACUCAAAUAUGUUUCUUAACCUCUAAAAAACAGGGUGAAGGGUGAUGUAUAUGGUUCUGUCUCUUUCUCAAAUUCUAAGAAACAAUCAGGAUAGAAAGAAAAUCAAAUCCCACCAAAUUCUAUGUCACAGAUCAAUCAAUAAAAGUAUUUGAUUAUUGAGGCUGGAUGCUUAAAGAUUUUUCAGGAAGUUUUAGAUGAAAUGCCCAAACUCAAAUCUGGACACUCUGGAGACCUGAGAUUGCUAUGCAUUGUUCAGUUUGUCAUUUUAUUUUUCACAUUUCUUUAAAUUUUUGCCGUUCUCAUAAAAUUCAUAAUAUAUU